CGCUGCUGCUCCCAUGUCCUCCAACGACGCUGCUGUUGUCGCCAAUAGAGCCGCCACGAAGAGGAGGAAGGGCGCUGCUUCACGCCUCGCCGCCGUCGCUCCUCUGAAAGGGGCAAAAAGUGGUCGCCGUCAAGCAUGACGGGUGGAGGAGAGGGAGAACUCACGUCUGAGACUAGGAGGAGAUGUGGUUUCGUCGCUGUUGGGGUCUCACCGCCGCCGUCCCCGUGGUGGCUGGUGUCGUCGCCGGAGAAGACCACCGGAGUUGCUGUCUGCCUCUGCCUCAGGGUUCUGCAAGUUGCCGGAGCCCACUGCCGCCAGAGCUGUCCAGAACCACCGCUGUGGCUGCCGCUGGGACUGUGAACGGAAGGAGGAGAUGCUGUUUCCGUUACAGCCACUCCCGGAGGAGAAGUCAACCGCGCCGCCGUUCCGAGUUGCCGGAGAACGCCACUGCCGCCACCGAGCUCCACUGGCGAUCGCCGCUGCUGCUUGGGGCUGACUGCCGGGCUGCUGCCGGGCCGGUUCGGAGACCGCCGCUGUUUCGGUUCAGCCGUUCCUUUGGUUCGAGUCAUUGUGGUUGCUGAGAAAACGGUUUGGAGCUGAGGUUUUGGUAGUCGGGAUUUUGAUUGUUGAUUUCGGGUCGAGGCAGAAAGGA